AGGGCUCUUCCGGAAGCCAACUUCCUUUCCAGUUCAGCUCUCUCAUGCACUGCGGCUCAGGCUCUCUUGUGUUCAGAUAGCAUAUCAGCUCGGCAACUUCACCAUGAAUGCAGUGACCUAUGAUGACGUGCAUGUCAACUUCACUUGGGAAGAAUGGGCUUUGCUGAAUCCUUCCCAGAAGAGUCUCUACAGAGAUGUGAUGGUGGAGAACUACAGAAACCUCACUGCUAUAGGAUACAUUAGGGAAGGCCAUAAUAUUGAAGAACAUUGUCAAAGUUCUAGAAGUCAUCAAAGGUAA